ACGAUUCCUCAAAAAAGGAAACAACAUUGCCUGCAGCUAGGCACAAGUGCAAAACAACACGCGUGACCUAUUUCACCACGCGGGACUCUCGCACUUUAAAUGAUUGCAACCAAUCGAGAGCACGAUAGUCCUUCCAUCAUAAACACACGAUUGAAACUUCGAUUCAUUCCAAGGUUCAUAAGACAUCUACGCAAUUUUCUAAGCCUUAAAAUGGCAUCGACGUCUGAUGCUCGUUGCGAGUUUGUUAUAGGGAACAAAUUUCGCGUACUACGAAAGAUUGGAAGCGGUUCAUUUGGUGAUAUAUACCUGGCCGUCAAUCGCCAUACGGGCGAAGAGGUCGCAGUCAAACUAGAACUACAGAAGGCAAGACAUCCUCAACUGUUGUAUGAAUCGAAACUGUAUCGUAUUUUACAAGGAGGAGUAGGAAUUCCCAAUGUCUUGUGGUACGGUCAAGAUCGCGACGUUUACAACGCACUUGUUUUAGAACUUCUCGGGCCAAGUUUAGAAGAUCUUUUUAAUUUCUGUUCACGUCGUUUUACAAUGAAGACAGUGCUUAUGUUGGCCGAUCAAAUGAUAAGCAGAAUCGAGUAUGUUCACAACAAGAAUUUCAUUCAUCGGGAUAUCAAACCCGAUAAUUUUCUUAUGGGAGUCGGAAAGUCUUGUAAUAAAGUCUACCUAAUCGAUUUUGGCCUGGCCAAGAAAUACAGGGACAGUCGUACUUAUCAACAUAUACCAUAUAGAGAGGACAAGAAUCUUACCGGUACGGCUCGUUAUGCCAGUAUAAACGCUCACUUAGGACUUGAACAGUCAAGACGGGAUGACCUGGAGUCCUUAGGUUAUGUUUUGAUGUAUUUUAAUCGUACCAGUCUACCGUGGCAAGGAUUGAAGGCAGUGACAAAGAAGCAGAAAUAUGAAAAAAUUAGCGAGAAGAAAAUGUCCACACCCGUAGAGCUUCUCUGUCGAGGAUUUCCUGCUGAAUUUGCUAUGUACCUUAAUUAUUGUAGAAAUCUACAAUUCAUGGAUAACCCUGAUUAUAUGUACCUCAGACAGCUGUUCAGGAUUCUUUUUCGCACACUCAAUUAUCAGUAUGAUUACGUUUUUGACUGGACAAUGUUGAAGCAGCGAGCUGCACAUGGUGUGGGUAUAACAACACCAAGGGCAUCAGUGAAUCUACCAGCUAUGUAUCACAGUGGACUACCAAGAGAUGUUCACCAUUUGCCAGGAAACCUUCAUCAUGAAGGAGCAACAUACAUGACUCCCAUUUCUAGAAGUGGAGGUCAUUCUUCAAUGAGCCAGAGAUACACCAACUUUAGACUGUAAUGUUCGCAUUCCACUAACUUGCUUGGGUAGCACUUAAUUGUAAGUUCAUUCUUAUUUUGUUCAACUUAUUUGAAAAGGGAAACUUGGUCCUUUAGACAAGCCAAAGAAAGCCAUUUAUAUUUUACAUGAAAAUCUUUUUAUUCCACUGUGUGGAAGUCAUUUUGAAUCCUGAACUGCAAAAUGUUAAUAAUUUUGCAAUUACACUGUACUUUGUUAAUUUCAAAUAUUCUUUUACGAAUUAAAGUAAUUAUGUUGAAUACUAAGAAAUACUGUAAAUUUUACCCAUGUAUAAUAUGUGUAUUUAGAAAAACAGACUAUUAAUUUAAUUAUUUAUCCUUAUUUUGCUAUUUGUGAUUAACAAAAUUAAUACAAUACCUUUGAUUACAGUGUACAAUAAAAACAAUGAACUCA